AUGGAUUCGCAUAACCAUAAGGAUGCAAGCGAGAUCUCGGGAAGUUCCAGAGGCUUAGGUGAGAUAGAAAGGUCGCAGGAUUCUAGAGGGGGGGUGAGUAGAUAUGGGCGAAGAGAUAGAGAUGUAAUCGGACCGCGAGGUCCAUCUUCGUUCGCCAAUCAUCGAAGAAGCGGAUAUGAGAGAUCUCGGUAUGAGCAUCGAUCUGGCAGAGCCAGAAGAAGAUACCACUCUGAUGGGGUUCCCCCAGGAACUGCACUACUAAGUGAACUGCGGCCAAAGGAUAGCUUAUGGGACAAAGUUGCCAAAGGCUACCAGAAGAUAGAUGCAGAGGUGGCUAGACAAUCGGGUCUAUUUCCUUCUCCAACAAGUGAGGCAACCCGUUUCGAUGAUCCAGAGAAAGAAAAGGCUUUUAUACGUGGGAAACUUGAAGAGUAUCAUUCUGCGAGGGCCAGUAAGUUGAAAUUGCUGGCGCAUAACUCGAUCAAUUCUCGUCGAUUGAUUCUAUCCGGAGUAGAUUUCGAUGAAUUCUCCCAGGAAAAGUUGCAGAAGAUAUUGCAAGGUUUUCUUGCGUCUACAGUAAUACCAGAAAUUGAAGCCAAUGACUAUGAUUUGAGAACACGGAGAGCGGGAGAUUUUAUGGUGAUUGAGGCUACAAAGUCGGUUGUUGCCACGGCCUUACUGGUGCUUAGCGAUGAUGACUCUCUUGCUGAAAUGAACCAUAAAUCCUUUCAUUUACAACGGCCAAAUGAAUAUAUUGCUAGCGAUUUAUUUCUACCAAGUUACUCUGCAGAUGUGGGGGAAUCGAUAGUAGAAACGUCGCAUUUGCUAUGUCUUCGCAAACUUCCUGAAGGUGUCGAUCGUGAGCAGAUACAACAACUUCUUUGCAAGUAUGGUCAGCUUGAUUCUUUGGUGGUUCUACUUGAUAAAAUCACGUAUGAAUCAAAGGGUUCCGCUUUUUUCUCUUACAAGCUUACAAAACUACCUGGAAAGGAACUUUUAGCUAAGUUGAAUGAGGAAUCUAUUGAUUCUAACAAACUUGAAUGCUUCAAGCCAUGCGUCAAUGAAAAAUACGGAUAUUAUCAAUCAAUAGUUUUGGACUCUGUUACCCUUUUGGAUUAUUCACUUCACCAAAAUAAGAAGAUCAGUGUUCAUGGGGAAUCGAAGGUCUUGAAAUUCUUUAACUGCAUGUCACUUGCUGAACUUCUGAAUGAGGUCGAGUGUAAGUUCAUUGAAGAUACAUUCCGCAAAAGAUGUGAAGUAUACGGUACUGUUAAACAAUUUAGACUAAUGAAACCUCAGAACGGAUUCAGCAGAGGGCUUUACGAAAUGAAGCCAGAGUUUGGUAAGUUUUACGUUGAAUUUGAUACAUUAAAGGAGGCUAUAGAGUGUGCUACGAAAUUGUCCGGCAGUAAAUUCCGUGGAAGAGUGGCUUAUGGUACAUAUUAUGAUGAAGAUGACUUUAAAAAGGGAAUACUCUGA